UAUAUUUCUUUCUAUUUCAUCAUUUAAGAGUGUUGAGAGCUGUGUUUGUAAUAUUUUAAUGGUUUGGUUUGCGAUCUCGUUUUUUGGUGUUUUCGCUAAUAAUUUUUCUUGUUUGCCUAUUUCUUCUUGUAAAUGCUUGAUUUUAGCCUCUCUUAUUCUUUUUUGUAUUAUAUUUUGUUUAUACAACAUGUUUUUAGAUUGGCCUUGAGAUAUUCUUUGAACCUCUUUUGUUGGCCACCAGCAUUACGCCUUCCAUUUUUAAGUUUGGAAUAGAGUCGUUGCUUUGGAAGACAAUCAUCAGGCAUCCGAACCACAUGACCAGUCCAACGAAGUUGGUGUUGAAGAAUCAUUGCUUCAACACUGGUGAUCUUUGCUUCUUCCAGGACACUGGUGUUAGUUCGCCUGCCUUCCCAAGUGGUGUGUCACAUUCUUCGGAGACACCAUUGAUGGAAUCUUUCAAGGAGUUGGAGAUGGCGUUUAUAAGUGGUCCAUGUUUCACAAGCGUACAGCUGGGUUGGUAGUUCAAGAGCCUAGACUGAAACUUGAAAGACUAGUUUCAAUGGACCAAGAAUGCUUUUCAUGGCUGGUUCUGACUUUCCCCUUUUCCCGGUGGGAAUUCCUACUUGUAGAGCAGAGGCCACGGCUGGUUGGCAGCUGCAGUGCCUGUGUGCUUUGUUCUGUUGUUGUUGUCAGUGCUUUGUGCUGGAGGGCACUGUUUCGUGGCGCUCAUUGGUUGCUAUUGGAUAUUUGGAUAGUCUGAGCUGAUUGGUUGAGCGCCUUGCAAGCGAAAGGCUCGGCCUUCAUUAGGGCAAAUGUUCUACCCUUAUUUAUGGCAGCCUUUGGAAUAGAAAAAGGAAAGGACUGUGUCAGGAUGUUUUUGUGGGUAUAUUUGCAGACGUGAAGGUGUUGAUCUGGGGUACAGUCGGAGUGGGGUAUGGUGCCUGCUGGAGGGUGAAACCCCUCGCCACCCUUUCCAAAAAUUCUGGUAACAAUGCUUCAUGAAAUUUAUACACUGCUUGACUUCAUGAAUGAGGGGGCCAGGCUCUCUGGGCCCUGACAUGGCGGUAGCUCUUGAACCCAGAGCACUUGGGACCUCCUUUCUCUCUCUGCCAGCCCUUCAUGCUUUGGGCUGCCUCUUUCAGGCUCUGAUGAUGCCCCUUCAGGUCACUGAACUGCAGACAGAUGGAAGGAAUUGGUCAGAGUGGGCCGGCAAGGAUCAAUUAGGCUCCACAUACGUAUUUCUGUUCUGCCAAUUCGGCAGUGGUUCACUGUAUUCUCCAGACUCCCCUCCUCACCCCCAAACACCCCCCAAGAAUUGGGGCUGCCAGCACCUGAGUCACUCUUUCCGCUCAUCUCUUCUAGGAUCAGGUGCUUAAGACGCCUCUUCAGGCGCUGCCACAGGGUGGCCCCCCAGCCAGACACAGAGCAGCCCGUGGCACCAGUUCUGCUGCGGUUCAGCAUCCCAGCCCCAGGGCUGCUGGAGGAUGAACAGCGCUACAUCCUGGGGGUCAUUGAGAGCUGCCAGGCAGCGGAGCUCAGGGGGCUCCGAUCCCUGAAGUGCUCCAAGGAGGAGAUGGCCCAUAAAAUUCUGGACAUCUUGGGGCCCUUGGAGCACUUCAGGGAUUGCCCCCUGACUCUGGCCCUUGCCUUGGAGGCCCUCCUCCAGCUAAGCACGAUGAGGCCCAAAUUCACCUCCGACAUGAUCAGUGCCAUCCUGCACAGGAUGUUGGAGGCCGUGUUGAGUGGGGCCAAGGAGGAGGAGGAGGAGGAGAAGAGAGAUGAACUGAAGAGGCACUACCGGCUUCUGCUGGGCAGUCUUCUUAUGGAAGCACCCAACCCUGGCACCCUCCUCCAACUUCUCAGUGACCUCAGAGGAUACGCCCUGGGGGAAAGUGGGGAGGUUCAACAACUUGCGGCCAGCAGCAUCUCUUUGCUGCUGGCCAUUGCCAGGAAGUACCCCAAACUCAGAAUGACAGUCGUUCGGCCGGAACUGGCUUGCUUCCGCCGGAAGCCAAAAGAAGGUAAGCCCCACACCUUGGAGACAGCGCCCUUUGACUAAAGGCCUGUGGGGAAAUCUCAUUUUCAUUUUCAUUUGCAUUCUCUUCUCAUUCUCUUCCAUCCAGAUGACAUCAUCAUUGAAGAUCUAUAGCCGUAACUGUCUGCAGCGACGUUGGAGAGGCUAGGGUCUGAGGAUCAGGAAAGCACUCAGCGUCGGCUACUGGAACAGUUUGAACUGCUAGAGGACCACAGUAGGCGACUCACAGAGCGGCUACACCAGUUGCAGAGCCAGGCGGGACCUGAGGGUCAACAGAGGCAGCAGCUAGAAGCCGGUGAGUGCCAGCCAGGACUGUCCAGUCGGACUCUAAAGAGAGAGUCAGGAGAGAUUGCUGGAGACCCCACAGAAGGGGCUCAGCAAGCACCAGCAGAGAUGGCAGAUUUCCAGUCUUCCCAAGUUGUAAAUAUUGGGGGAGGCAUCCCUUUUGAACUUCUCUCAGAAAGCAACUGGCUGAGUUGGUCAAUAAAAAUGCAGCAGUUGUUAAGGAGAGAUGGACUAUGGGACUGUGUUGAAACUGAGGUUUUGAGACGGGACUCUACUGAGAAAAGACGGCUGGAUGAAAGGGCUCGUGCCCAAAUUAUGCUGUGUUUGAGCAACUCUCAGUUAUUGCAUGUAGCAAAUGCCAGCACAGCGUUUGAGUGCUGGAAUUUAUUAAGGGCAAUGCAUGUCAGAGAAACUGCUGGAACUAUAAUUUCUCUGACCAGAAGGCUGUUCAGGACUGUUAUCAAAGAAGGUGAGAGUUUGGCAACUCAUCUUCAAACGCUGAAAUCUCUGUUUCUUCAACUACAACAGAGAGGUAAGCGUUAUGAUGAAACUGACCAAACCUACAUUAUCCUUUCAAGUUUGCCUGAAAGCUGGUUGCCUGUGAUUAACAGCAUGGAGAGUAUGCAUCCCCGAGAUCUGACCCUUGAGUAUGUGGUUGGAAGAUUGACCGAAGAAGCAGAAAGAAGGUCAGAUAGACAGGCUGAACUCCAAGAGCGGAGGAGUUACAGCCGAAGGGGCCAGCAGCAGGAUCUGCCAAUGGGGCAACGCCAAGUUUGGGACUUGGCCAUGGCGGUGAGGAGAUGCUAUAGAUGCAGCCAAGCCGGGCAUCUCCAACGUCAGUGCAGGGCAAGACCUCCAGGAGAUGACAUGGAGCAGAGACAGCAAUCGACGCAGAAAUGUAAGCAGAAGGGGUUCUCUUCAGGGAAGAAGAACACGCGUUCUGCUCAACUUGUGUCUGCAUUUUCUUGAGAGGAGAGGAAGAUACCUCGAGGAACAUGGUUGCUGGACUCUGGUAGCAGCAGGAUUAUCUGCAACAGUUGGGAGGACUUUAAGACCCUGGGGAAGCCAGCUGAUGGAAAAGACUCAAUCUAUCUUGCUGAUGGUCAUAGAAGCAAGACUGAUGGCCAGGGAACAUGUUUCCUGCAGUGCUUCAACACUACUCUACCAGAGACUCUGUUUGUCAGCAGUUUGGACUAUUGUUUACUGUCUGUAAGCUGUUUGAUUAAUGCAGGGUAUAGUGUUAAGUUCACGCAGGAUGGUUGUCUGAUAAAGAAUGGAACUCAGGUAUGUGGCCAUGCAAAGUUGGAAAAUGGGUUAUAUGUAAUGCAGGACAAGUCUGUUAAAGCAGCCCAGGUGGUUCAGGAUAAUUUGCCAGUUCAUAAGGGGUGUACAUGAACUGCACAGAAAACUGGGUCACGCCAAUUUCCAUGUGCUUUCAGAGAUGCAAAAGGUGUGCAAGAACCUAAAAGUAAAUAGCUGUAACUGUUUCCUAGAUUGCAAUGUAUGUAAAAUGGCCAAAUCUAAGAGGAAGCCUAUGGCUUCUAAAAGUGACAGAGUAUCUAAAGAAGUUUUAGAACUUGUCCAUUGUGACGUGAUAGGCCCUUUCCCACAGAAGACUGAAGGGGGCACCAGAUAUGCUUUUCUGGUAACAGAUGAUAAAUCACGUUUUAGUUGGUUGUUUUUGUUAAAGCAGAAAUCGGAGUGUUUCCCCACAUUCAGAGAAUGGGUUGCCCACGCUGAAAAGCUCUUCGCUCGCCCUGUUGUGCAGUUGCAAACAGAUAGGGGUGCAGAUUUUCUGAACAAACAGUUUGGAGCAUGGUUGCGAUGUAAGGGGAUCACUCACCGUUUGACUAACCCUUAUAGCCCUGCUGAAAAUGGUCUGUGUGAAAGACGUGGGGCUGUAAUACAGUCAGUAAAGGAUUGCCUGCUAGUGGAUGCAGGAUUGGGUAACAACCAUAGGCUGUGGGGUGAGGCUUUCCUUACAGCAAGCUUUUUGAUUAAUAGAAGCUGGUCUAGCUCUAUAAAAGAUAUUCCUUAUCGUGUGUUGUUUGGGAAAGAACCAGAGUGGACAAUGCUUCAUAACUGGGUUCUUGGGCUCAUGUAAAUAUCCCCAAAGCUCAGCACCAGAAAGGGGCGCUAGAGCGCAGAGACUGCGGUUUGUGGGAUAUCAGCCCUAUGGCAAAGGGUGGUGUUUCAAUUUAUGCCCAGAACGCGUGGUUCUGUCACAAAGCGCAGACUUUGCUGACCAGGACAGAUGGACUGCGAUCCAUGCCAACUCAGAUUGCCUACUGCCUCUGCAAGUAAGAGAAGAGGCUUCUUCUCAGCCAUUGGCAACACAGGAGCAGGAUGAGGAGGCACAGAUUUCUCCAAAAGA